CAACACGAAGUCUGCCAUUUUCUGUUCAUUCACUCCUGAAAGUGCAUAGUUCUCGGAAGAGCUUAGGCCGGUUGGCGACGUGCACUUAAUUAUUUUAUCAAAGUACCGAUAUAAUUUAUCACAAGAACUUAACACCAUGAGUUCCAACGACGAAUUAGCCUGCAUCUACAGUUCGUUGAUUCUCCAAGAUGAUGAUAUUACAAUUACUGCUGAGAAGAUUUGCACUUUGCUGAAAGCAGCUAAUGUUGAUGUUGAAUCAUAUUGGCCAGGCUUAUUUGCAAGAGCAUUGGACGGAAUAAAUGUAAAACAAUUGAUUACUAAUGUUGGGGCAGCAGGAAGUGCCCCUGCAGCAUCCUCUGCUGCUCCUGGUGCACCUACUGCUGCUAGUGCUGAAGAAAAGGAAGAACCUAAGAAAGAAGAACCUUCUGAUGCUGAAAGUGACGAUGACAUGGGUUUUGGUCUUUUUGAUUGAAGACUAUACUCUUGUAUUUGAUAAAAGGGUCCAAUAAAAUUAUUUAGGAAAAAAAUGA